UCCGCCGCAGCUCCCGGCCGCAACUCCUCAACUCGGCUGCUAGCUGCCUGGACAUGUCCUGACAAACUUGGCUUCUCACCGGCCCUCUCUCUCUCGCCCUUGCGCGCUCUUUUCUUCCUCUUUUGGUGCUCAACUUUCCCCCGGUCGGAAGCCUCUGGAGAUGCGGCCACCUGGGUCCCGGCAGUGCCGACUGAUCGCACUCUGGUUGGGGAUAUGCUGAAGAUCGGAGGGACACAAAGUUGGCACUUCAAACACUGCUCUUAACAAAUAUCCAAGCCGCGUGGGGAUUUCCGAACUACUGGGGACUGUGCAGAGGAGCACCGAGGGCCAGGCUACCGUGGUUCCUGAGAGUUAAACAAUGGGGAGAGAUUUGGCCUUGAUUCUGCUCCUCCUCUUCCAACAUUAUGGAGACAGCGAUGGAAGCCAAAGACUUGAACAUACUCCGUCUAUACAGUUUACACAUUUCCAGUACAAUGUCACUGUGCAUGAGAACUCUGCAGCUAAAACCUAUGUUGGGCAUCCUGUAAAGAUGGGUAUUUACAUUACAAAUCCUGUGUGGGAUUUAAGGUACAAAAUUGUCUCAGGAGACAAUGAAAAUCUGUUCAAAGCUGAAGAGUACAUUCUUGGGGACUUUUGCUUUCUAAGAAUAAGGACCAAAGGAGGAAAUACAGCUAUUCUCAAUAGAGAAGUGAAAGACCACUACACAUUGAUAGUCAAAGCAGUUGAAAAAAACAGUAAUGCUGAAGCACGAACAGAGGUCAGGGUGCAAGUGCUGGACACAAAUGACUUACGACCACUGUUCUCACCCACCUCAUACAGCGUUUCCUUACCCGAAAACACAGCUGUAAGGACCAGUAUUGCAAGAGUUAGUGCCACAGAUGCAGAUAUAGGAACCAAUGGAGAGUUUUAUUACAGUUUUAAAGACCGAACAGACAUGUUUGCUAUUCACCCAACCAGCGGUGUGGUAGUUUUAACUGGUAGACUUGAUUACAUAGAGACCCAGCUCUAUGAGCUGGAAAUCCUUGCUGUGGACCGUGGAAUGAAAUUGUAUGGUAGCAGUGGUAUCAGCAGUAUGGCCAAGCUAACAGUUCAUGUGGAACAGGCCAAUGAAUGUGCUCCUGUGAUAACAGCAGUGACAUUAUCACCAUCAGAACUGGACAAGGACCCAACAUUCGCAAUUGUCACCGUAGAUGACUGUGAUCAGGGUGCCAAUGGGGAAAUAGCUUCUUUAACUAUUGUAGCAGGUGACCUUCUUCAACAGUUUAGAACAGUUAGGUCCUUUCCAGGGAGUAAAGAAUACAAACUCAAAGCCAUUAGUGGUAUUGAUUGGGACAGUCAUCCUUUUGGCUACAAUCUGACACUACAGGCUAAAGAUAAAGGAACUCCUCCCCAGUUCUCUCCAGUAAAAGUAAUUCGUGUGAUUUCUCCCCAGUUCAAAGCUGGGCCUGUCAAGUUUGAAAAGGAUGUUUACAGAGUAGAAAUAAGCGAAUUUGCUCCUCCCAACACACCUGUGGUCAUGGUAAAAGCCACUCCUAGUUAUUCCCAUUUGAGGUAUGUUUUUAAAAGUACACCUGGAAAAGCCAAGUUCAGUUUAAAUCACAACACUGGUCUCAUUUCCAUUUUAGAACCAAUUAAAAGACAGCAGGCAUCUCAUUUUGAACUUGAAGUGACAACAAAUGACAGAAAAGCCUCCACUAAAGUCUUGGUUAAAAUCUUAGGUACAAAUAGCAAUCCACCUGAAUUUAUUCAGACAGCAUACAAAGCAUCCUUUGAUGAGAAUGUGCCCAUUGGUACUACAGUCAUGACAGUGAGUGCUAUAGAUCCUGACGAGGGUGAGAAUGGAUAUGUGACCUACAGUAUUGCAAAUUUAAAUCAUGUUCCAUUUGUGAUCGACCAUUUCAGUGGUGCUGUGAGUACUUCAGAAAACUUGGACUAUGAACUGAUGCCUCGGGUUUACACUGUAAGGAUUCGGGCAUCAGACUGGGGCUUGCCAUACCGCCGGGAAGUUGAAGCUCUUCAUACAAUUACUCUCAAUAACUUAAAUGACAACACACCCUUAUUUGAGAAAGUAAACUGUGAAGGAACAGUUCCCAGAGAUCUAGGUGUGGGGGAGCAAAUAACUACUGUUUCUGCUAUUGAUGCCGAUGAGCUUCAGUUGGUGCGAUAUCAGAUUGAAGCUGGAAAUGAACUAGAUUUAUUUACCUUAAACCCCAAUUCUGGGGUAUUGUCAUUAAAGCAGUCUCUAAUGGAUGGCUUGGGUGCAAAGGUAUCUUUUCACAGUCUGAGAAUCACAGCUACCGAUGGAGAAAAUUUUGCCACUCCAAUAUACAUCAACAUAACUGUGGCUGCCAGCCGCAAGCCAGUAAAUUUACAGUGUGAAGAAACUGGUGUUGCCAAAAUGCUGGCAGAAAAACUCUUGCAGGCAAAUAAGUUACACAGUCAGGAUGAGGUCAAGGACAUUUUCUUUGAUUCUCACUCUGUCAAUGCUCAUGCCCCACAGUUUAGGAGUACUCUUCCAGUUGGUAUUGAGGUAAAGGAAAACCAUCCUGUGGGUUCUAGUAUGAUUUUCAUGAAUGCUACUGAUCUUGACUCUGGCUUCAAUGGAAAACUGGUCUAUGCUAUUUCUGGAGGAAAUGAGGAUAGUUGCUUCAUUAUUGACAUAGAAACAGGAAUGCUAAAAAUUUUAUCUCCACUUGACCGUGAAACAGCGGACAGAUAUACCCUAAAUAUUACUGUGUAUGACCUUGGCAUACCACAGAAGGCAGCAUGGCGUCUUCUAGAUAUCACAGUUCUGGAUACCAAUGAUAACCCACCUGAGUUUUUACAGGAGCACUAUUUUGUUGAAGUGAGUGAAGACAAGGAUAUCAAUAGUGAAAUCAUCCAGGUUGAAGCCACUGAUAAAGAUCUAGGUUCCAAUGGACAUGUGACAUACUCUAUUCUUACAGACACAGAUAAGUUUGCAAUUGACAGCAUGACUGGUGUUGUUAAAAUUGUGCAACCUCUGGAUCGUGAAUUACAGCCUGUGCAUUACCUCAAGAUUGAAGCCAGGGACCAAGCCAAAGAAGAACCCCAGUUGUUUUCCACUGUACUUUUGAAAAUAUCACUAGAAGAUGUUAAUGACAACCCACCUAGGUUUGUUCCACCUAAUUACCGUGUGAAAGUUCGAGAGGAUCUGCCAGAAGGAACCAUAAUCAUGUGGUUAGAAGCCUAUGAUCCUGAUUUAGGUCAGUCUAGUCAAGUGAGAUACAGUCUUAUGGACCAUGGAGAAGGAAACUUUGACGUGGAUAAACUCAGUGGAGCAGUUAGGAUUGUACACCAGUUGGACUUUGAGAAGAAGCAAAUAUAUAAUCUUACAGUGAGGGCCAAAGACAAAGGGAAGCCAGUUUCUCUGUCUUCCACUUGCUAUGUGGAAGUUGAGGUAAUUGAUGUGAAUGAGAACUUACAUGCACCAGUGUUUGCUAGCUUUGUGGAAAAAGGUAUAGUGAAAGAAGAUGUUCCAAUUGGUUCAUCAGUAAUGACAGUGUCAGCUCAUGAUGAAGACACUGGAAGAGACGGGGAGAUCCGAUAUUCCAUUAGAGAUGGAUCUGGUGUUGGUGUUUUUAGGAUAGAUGAAGAAACAGGUAUUAUAGAGACUUCAGAUCGACUGGACCGUGAAUCAACCCCCCAUUACUGGCUAACAGUCUAUGCAACAGAUCAGGGUGUCGUGCCUCUUUCAUCAUACAUAGAGAUCUACAUAGAGGUUGAGGAUGUCAAUGACAAUGCACCACAGACAUCAGAACCCGUUUAUUAUCCAGAAGUAAUGGAAAACUCACCCAAGGAGGUGUCUGUGGUUCAAAUUGAGGCAUUUGAUCCAGAUUCUAGCUCUAAUGAUAAGCUCACAUUCAAAAUUACAAGCGGAAAUCCACAAGGAUUCUUUUCAAUACAUCCUAAAACAGGUAUGUGUUAAUACUAUUAUAUGGGGAA